GGAAAUUCCUAGGCUUAAAAUAGAUUAGGCCUGUGUACCUGAAUGAUUUCUAGGUCAGUUGAAACGUCAAACAAUGCGUGGAGUGAAACAAACAUAUUUGUGGAUUAAUAAAUGUACUUCGCCACUUUUCUAAUUGUGAAUUUUGUACUUGUCGGAUAAUCGAGGAGAAAUUUACUGUGUCUAUCGCCGACGGAUUAUUGUAAACCUACAGUAUAGAAAUUAGAUAUUUUACAACUGUUUAACAGGUGGGAGCGACAGAAAACAUUUGAAAUUCAACGAUUUGUUUGUUUAAACGGGGGCGUUUUGAUGAUGUGACAAAUUAGUUCGUUGUAUGAACAUUCAUCCACAUGUUUCAGUGUACAUGACAUGAUCAUCUACAGUAUUUGUCAAAGCUAAUUGAUGUAGACCCAAUUUAAAGCUCCAUAAAUUACUGUACAUAAGUUAUGGGAGGCAAUACAUCGACCCAAGUUGCAAUGCUUGGAUUAGAUUCAUCUGGAAAAACGACUUGUCUUUAUAGACUAAAAUUCAAUCAGUAUACAUCUACAAACCCCACUGUUGGUUUUAAUUGUGAAAAAAUAAAUGUGGAUAAUGGAAGUGCGAAAGGAAGUGUAUUCACUAUUUGGGAUGUAGGGGGACAGGAUAAAACCAGACCCCUUUGGAAAUCUUACACAAGGAAAGCAGAUGGAAUUAUAUAUGUUGUUGACAGUACAGACAAAGAGAGGCUUGAGGAAGCUAAAAUUGAGUUAACAAAAUUAUUAAGAUGUCCAGAAACUCUCGGAUUACCAGUUGUUGUUCUUGCAAAUAAAAAUGAUUUACCGGGUUCAAUAGACAGUGCAGAAGUUGAGAAGCUGUUAGCUUUACAUGAAUUACCACCAAGUCAUUUGUGGCAUGUAGAAUCAACAUGUGCUAUCACUGGGGAGGGGCUGGAUGAAGCUGUUGAAAAGAUGUGCGAGUUGAUAAUUAAAAAGAAGAAAGCGAAACGGAAAAGAUGAACAGUUUAAAAAAAGUGCUUGGUUCUAGCUUAGGUUGUGCCCACACACUAACACCGCGGUAAUUCAGAAAUAUUACCCCAUCAAUCCGUCCAAGGAUAUUAUGGAUUCUACAAAGACUGUGCCAUUUUAUGACUGAACAAUGCAGGAAAGGUUCCAAGGAUAUCCAGUAAAAACCAAAAAGGGAGCAUCCAAACAUAUACACAUGUGUAUUAAACAUGAAAUAGUGUGCAAUUAAAAAAUGCUGACUAUUUCAAAGCAGCAUGUUGGAACAAGAAGAGACGUGGAACCUACAGGGGAGCAGGAAGUGAUUUUGUCAACAUACGUACAUUUACCUUCAUUUUACUUACAAGUUUUUGUCUACAUCGAUCUGUUAUAUGUAUCAUAAAACCAGUUCUUUGUUUUUGAUCAGAGAAUAAUAAUUAUUGAACAUACAUAGUUAUAAUAUAUAAAAAAAACAGUUAAUUUCUUUUUAUUUUGUGAUAAAUUCUAUUCAAAGUUUCACCGAUAUUCUUGUGAAAAUUUUGUUAAAUUUUUUUGACAUUCCUAUGUAUAUGUGCUAGAAAACUUCUCAAAGUUAUUUUCCUAAAAUGUGAUAUUUUGUUACAAUUUAAUGAUACUUCGCAAAGAUCUAAUAGAGUUCUAAUUUUCUAUUAUGAAAAUCCCCAGCCUAUAAUUUUUAUCCUCUUGAUGGGGCUAUAAAAUCUUGGCAGACCUGAACAUUUGAUAAGUGAAAGCUGAUACCCCUGACAGACAGUCAUAUAUUAUUCACAUACUUAAAAACUCUGGACUUGAAAACAGCUUAUAACCAUUUUCUUUAUCGAUUUGUUCUACAUUCCUUCACAAAUCUUUUAAACUUGAAUUUUUUUCUUACCAAAUAUUUAUAAGGUGUUCUACACAGAUUUGCCUUGUCUGAUUUUUUGUAAAAAAAAAUUCUCAUCUAACCCACCACAGACAAAGAGAUUUUUUCCUCUUAUUUUUUUAAAGUAUAAGAAACUUCUUGUCCGAUUUUCCCUGUUGGAAAGCAAUUGUCUGGCAUUGUAAUUGGAUGAUGUGCAAUAUAUUUAUAGGGUUUUAUUAGUGUGAAUUACUACACAUGCCUGUCAUAUAAAUCAGUUAUUGUGCCAGUGUCUUGUUUAAUCAUAUAUCACAUUGUUACAACAUUUUUCUCUAAAACAUAAAUAUUCAUUUUAGGCCUUCCAUAGAUUUUUAUCAUUGAAAAUCACUUUCAUUUGUUUUUACACAUGACAUAAAACUGAAUGAGAUUUUUUAAAUUUAAAGGGUUUAUAGUAUCUUAGUAUAACGAAUUAAGUCACAGAAAGUACAUUCACAUGUACAUCAUACGAUGUAUGUGUAUGACAACUUGUAAGUAACUUAAAAAUAUCCUAAUAUAUUGGAUAUAAGGAUUAACUUUCAGUUUACUGACAGCAACAUUUGUACUGCCCAUGUGACCAGUGCAAACUUAGAUCAGCUGGGACUUUCAUACUGUCAGAUCAUGGUCUGCACAGUUUGCUAUUCACUGUAUUCAGUUAGUACAUAUUUUGAAAUUUUCCCUGAAAAUAACGAGAGGUUAUGUCUGGAUUGAGAGAUAGACAAACCCAUUUAAGAUAUUUAGCGAGUUUAGGUGUAUUUAAAAUUUUAAAUAAGCUCAAUAUAUCUCAAAACUUUUAAUGUCUGAUUUCAACCUUACAGACUAUGGCCUCCUUUUUUCUAGACUAGUUACGACUGACUUUCAAAUAUAAACUAGUUUAUAUAUUCUCUCCAGUUUGAAAUGUUAAUUACGUAUUUACCAAACAUAAAACAGCUCGGUAUUUAUUGUAUAUUAUAUAGAUAACAAACUGAUUUUAAAAUUAAGUAUAACAACUAUGUGUAAACAAAUUCAGUACAUUUAAAUGUAUUGUAAAUUUACCUGAAGCUUGAAUAUUUUGAUAAUUCAGCUAUGACCUAUGAAUUUAUCGUUUUACAGCAGAAUGUUGAUCAUAGCAAUGAUAGGUGUGAAAAUAAACUUUAAGUUUUCAUAAAGCUAUAAUAUAAUUUAUGGCAAAGCUAUAAUAAUUUCAGCUAUCUAUAUGCUGUAGUACUCCUGAGAUAAAAGCUUUAACGAUUCUGACUCAGUAUCUCUAUCCCAAGUAUACAAUCUGUCACAUAAAAUCUGAUAUGUUUAAUAUGUGACUCAUCAUAGUAUUUACCUGUUUACUCCAUUUUAUACAGAAAUUUUAACAUUUUUAUAUAAAAUUGUGUUGCUUUUUUGAUACUUUGAGGGAGGCUUUACUAAAAUGUAUUUGUGCAUGUAAUUUGUGCAAAUGCAGUAUAUGAAAUCCUGUUGAAGUUAGGUUAAAAUAAAGUUAUGGUGACUAUAUAAACUUGUCACUAUGGUAACAAAUGUCUAUUUCAGACAUAAAUGUAAAAAUGAAGAGAUGCAUUUACAACAGAUGGGGAUUUUUGAUAGCAUUUGACACUGUCUAUUAAAUGAACCAUGGGAAUGACAUGCUAGCUCUUUUGUCACUGAAUUUUGAUAGGGAAGGAUGAAAAUAAUACCAUGAGCAUCUAUGAAAAAUACAUACACACAAAAUAACUGGAUAAUUUAGCCUAAAAUGUCCCUGCAUAAAGAUAAUGCAUUAAUUCAGUUUGGCUGAGGAAAGUUUAUAUCAUUAGCAUUUUUAUGCAUCAUCUCUGCUUUCAUCACUGACUAGACAUUCACUGUAGAAUUUCUCAUAGAUUUUUUGUUAAAUAACUUCUUUAAAAUUAUUUUACCAUGAAAAAUGACUCAAUUUAUACAAAUUAAAAGGUAUAUGAGAUGCAAGUCCGACUUUAAAACUUGGAUGACCAACUUUCUAAUCAAAUUUCACCUCACAGGAAGGUAAAAUAGACCCCACUAUCUAUAUCAAAUAUCAAAACAUGAAAAUUUUAAUAAGGAAAUUUGUUAUGGCCCAGUUUCAUAAAACAAAAGAAAUUAAUUAUUAGAUACUAAUUGCGGUUAUUUCUGACAGGGUUCAUAGUCGUUAUGAGAGUUUAUAGACAUUUUUUUCAGUCUUGACACAAAUUUUUGACAUAACCUUACAAGUUUGUGCCAAACAGUUGUAUUAAAUUGUAUUAACUUAUAUUUCAUACCUUUGAAAAGAAUACUUUGUUCAGUGUGCGUUAAAUUUAAUAUCAUGUUCUUUUACCCCCUGGUGUAAAGAAUAUUUGUUCAAUGCGUUACAUGAAACCAUAAAAUUGUUUGUUAUUUGAAAAAGUAUUACCAAUUGAUCAGCUAUUUGGGAAGUUUCUUUUGAAAAAAUAAGCUUUUCUUUUGGCAAGGUAGAUAAAACACAGUUAUCUUCUAUCAUUUUUUCACAAAUUACAGUUUCAAACCAAUACAACAUACCAACGUUUUCUGUAUAGAUCUGUAAUGGACUUAACAAUAUGCCUAAUCAUGUGAAAACUUGUUAGUUUUAAAUAUUUAUUCGUUAAUGCUCUAAAAUUGUCUUUUCAAGUAUCUUUAGUUUACGUGUUAACCAACUUGGUUUAUUUUGUGAAACACACUUUUGUAAAGAGAUUAUUGAAUAUAUAUCAAUACAAACUAAAGAGUGCCUGUAGUUAGUUUAAAAAUGAUAAUACUUGAGAGAUAUUUGUAAAACAAAUUUCAUGUUAUUGUAAUUUUUGUUAAUUCUAUGAUUGAGUGAUGAUUAAAGUUGUUAUUGAUAAUAAGAAUUGUUACUUUUUAAAAAGCUAGAAAUUAUGAUAAGUUUAAUGAUAUAGUAAAGAAAUGGCGUUAUUAAGCUCUAAAUAUAUGUAUAAUGUAUCAUUUCUUUUUCAAUGUUUGGAGAAUUAUAUUUCAUGUACGUAGUUCUUAAAAUUUUUGGCAAUAUGCAUCGUAAGAGUAUAGUUUUAGAAAGAUUUUGCAUCAGAUUAUGGCAGGUUUUUAUAUAAAUAAUGUGGAAAAACCUGUAAAUGCAGAUUUGUUGAUAUUGCUAUCACUAUUUUCUAGGCGUUGUCACACAUUGAUUAUGUACACAUGGCAUGGUAAAACAUUAUUAACUCUAGAAAUAUCUGCACAAUCUGUUACAUGCUUUUCCAGUCUUAAAACGAUAAUAGGUUUUAGUGUUGUUAAUGUUUUUGUUGUUAACUUUAAUUCUGAAAGUUAAAUGUUUAUUGAAUUUUGAAUUUAAACAAUUGUGAAAAAAUACCAUGGUUUUACAAAAAAAAAAAUCAAACAAAAAAACCCUUCUUUUUACAGAUAUGUUAUCUUAAAAAGCAAACUUUUGUUCUACCAGAUGUUUUUAAAUCGUCAAGUGGCAAGGUGCAAAUCUUGUAGCACACCAGUCCUGUCUGUAAUAUUUAUUAAGUUAAGUGCACUGUGUUGUUUUUUCAAGAGAAAGGCAUGUUAUAUUUAUACAAACAGCUAUAAUACUAAACACUAUAUAAUUUUCAAGGUUGAAUGGUUUAAAACUUUACUGAAAAAUCAAAUCUUUUUCCAUAAAAUUAGUGGUGAAAUAACAAACUUGAUCAUUUUAUAUAUAUAUUUAUCUAAUGUUUACCUGUCACAUAACCAGAUUUGCUAAUUUGAUAAUAACUGCAUUACAAAUGCAUAAUUUGUUAUUCAAUUGCACCCUAGGGGUCAAUUCUGAUGACUGUAAACAUUUUGUAUUAAUUAACAUGUGGUAUAGAUGAACCUUGCCAAUCAGUACAAAUUAUCUAACAAUAUUUGACAGGUGUCUUGUGCCCUGCAGGACAUUGGUGUGAGACACUCACCCCAGUCUAUGUAAACAAAAUAAGUGAAAUUUCUUAUUGACACUUAAGCUUUCAUAUAGAUUGUGUUUUAUGCAUAUUUCAAUGGGUGUAUUCAUUCUUUAAUUUAUAUAUGACUAGUCUUUUUUUAUCAAUACAAAAAUUUUAUGUUAGUAUCAGUUUAAUAGCCUUUCACUUAAACAAAUGUUUAUCAUACAUGUAAAAUUAUUCUACACUGGCCAUCUUAGGUAAAUGUACUAUGCGAUUUUUUUUGUAAUAAGAAAGCAAUUUUAACCAUGGAGUCUCUGAAAAACAUACAUAGUAAAACAUAUGUCAUAAUAAUAAUUAUAUAAUAUCAUUUGAAAAAUGUUACUAAACUCCUUAACAUUAAGUUUAGUAAUAUAAUUGUGGCUGUGCCAUUGAUAUGAGAUUAACCAGUCCACUCUGUUUAUAUAUCUUACAAAAUGUCCAUUUUUGUUGACUGCUCAUGUUUUGGUAUAAACUACUGCCAGGGCAGGUUCAACAUACAAAUUCGAUUCAGCAGGCUUUACGGUUUAUUACAGUAGUAACAUUUUGGUAAGCUUCAUUAAAGUUAAAACAAAUGUAUCAUUGCAGUAUUUGUAUCAUUUCUGUUUUGUCUGCAUGUUUCUUCAUAUAUUUCAUACAUUAAAAGAAAAUCACCUUGAAAAGUCUCUUUAAACAGUCAUACUUUGUUGUUCAUUUUGACAUCCAAGAAGUUGUUAUAUCAAAAUGCAUUUUUUGAUGAUUAUAAAGUUUAUUUUUUACUCUUUGUUGUCCUGUGUAUGUCCGCCCUCCCCCACUCUGCAUCUAAGUGCUUCUGUUUUUGUAUUUCCGUUUCUAAUGCUUUAAUAUACUUGAAAUCAGAGAUUAUAAUUAUUUUAUGCAAUUUGUUGUAUUUUUCCCCCCUUUUUGUGAUUUAAUGUUAUAGAUGUUUGUUUUUGUGUUUAUUUUUAUCUCCUUUCUUGUCGAUUUGUAUUCCAAAAAACGUUUUAUUUUUUGUAAAUCAGGGACAGUUGAUGUAUAUUUUGAUUUAUAUGAUAUUAAAAAUAUGAAAAAUAAAUCUGCA